ACAGACAGAAACUCUAUUACUGAGAUGUUAACUCUGCUCUGCCUCUCCAGAUUCCUGCUAUUUGAUUGACCAAGGAAACAAAAUUGACUGAUUGACCACCAAGGACUUUAUCUGUUUACUGCAUUAACUGGACAUUGGAAUUGUGGAGAAACUCAAUGCAUUGGAGAGUCAUGGAGAUGAUGGGCAAGAGGGAAACCUCUUGUGAUUCCACUUGAAGGAUUAUACUAAUGAAAGGUAAUGCAGAUGUAAUGAGUUAAUGCGUUCUAAUAAGAGGAGGAAAAGUUUUGAUAAUGGUUGUUGAUGAGUUGAUCAAUGAAUCUGAUCAAUGAUCUGUUUUGUUACACUUUGCAUCAUAUAUAUUUAUAAAUAACAGGGUAAAAUAGUAGUGACAUAUUUCUUUGGGAUUCAAGUAAAGCUUCAUAAUGUAGUCCUGUGAAGGAGGCUGGUUUUUCAUAAUGGCUUGAGACUGGAGUUGAUUCCUGGGCAUGUGUUGCGUUGGUGGAUCUAUUGUUUGGAAACAGUGACAAAGAGACUCUGUCAGAGAAUGUGACAGCGCAGACUGUUGAGUGGGACAGAGAUUAAAUACUGCUGUUUGGAAACUAAAUGGCAUUUCAUUUUAUUUUGUUGUUUUGUGCUAGAAAACAUUGUCUUACAAAACAGUUGGUCCCAUAAAUGUAAUGAUAUUUCAUUUCAUUUUAUUUUAUGAAACAUUUGAAUUGCUUAAUCGGUCACUUAUAAAACGGUUUCUAGAUAAGGGCAUCUAGCAGUUCAACAGGAUUGGUGGAGGCCAUUCACUGUAGAGAUGGGGACGCUGGCCAGAUUCACUCUAUUAAUACUGUUAUGGCAAGGAAUGUCUGCCAUCGACGUCCCACUGGAAAGUAAGUCAAUACAACCUAUUGUGUCCCUGCAAGAUGGUGAUAACACUUUACAGUGCUGCAUAUUGUCAAAUACAGUAUGUAAAUUAGUGUACAAUCCUAAUGCAAUCAGGUCUUUCAUUUUGACUUGUCAACCUACAGUCAGACAGCCUCCCACCAUUAUAAAACAGUCGUUGAAGGAUCAUGUCGUGGACCCCAGAGACAACAUGGUCGUUGAGUGUGAAGCCAAAGGCACCCCCCACCCAAUGUAAGAACUGACACAUCCAUAGAACUUUCUUUAUAUUUCAAAACCAUAUAAAAAUUGUGAGUAGCUGUAGUACAACUCUUUUAAUUACUUGAACCAAAUGACUUGCCUUUAUCCCUAAGUUUCUCAUGGAGGCGUAAUGGGAAGUAUUUCAAUGUGGCACGGGACCCUCAGGCCUCGAUGAGGAGACGUUCGGGGACGCUGGACAUCUAUGCCUGGGCUGACCCGGAGGCCUAUGAGGGGGAGUACCAGUGUGUUGCCACCAACGAGUAUGGCACUGCAUACUCAAACAAGAUCAACCUACGUAUCUAUAGUAAGCUGCCACUCCAUUCAGGCUUUUGAAUCCAUUGUCACAGAGUACAUUCGAAAAGCUAGGGCCUCAAACCUUGAAAAUGCUCAACUUUGGUGGCAGAACCAAGCAAAGCCUAAAGGGACAAAUCACUCCAAAAUCAAAUUUGUCAGCCAUUUUCAGACCUCAAAAGUGGUCUUGUGUUGAGAUAAGUCCAUGUCCCAGCAAGAUUCUACUCCCUGUGUUAAAUGCCUCUAACCUCGUCCUCUUAACCCUAUGUUUCCAUGGCAGGGUCCCCUCUGUGGCCCAGAGAGGUGUUGGAACCUGUAACGGUGAGUGUUGGUCUCCCUCUGGUCCUGGACUGCAGCCCUCCUCCAGGCCCUCCCAAACCUGAAACCUACUGGAUGAGCAAGUGUGAGUAGGCCUAUCUCCUAUUCUCAAAUCAGAAGUGCAUCAUGUCUAGGAAUGGCAUUGAUAUUCUAUAACUAAUGACAACCAACGAUCUCUCGUUCGGAACUGAUUAUUUUGUGCAUAUUUUUGUAAUAUGGUACUUAUCCCAAACAUUAUCUGUAUUUAUCCUAUCGACUCCAGAUGACCUUACCAGGAAAUGCAUACAUAACUUUGUAUUUAAUUUCAGGUUCAUCGGGGAGACCUUUCAACUGGCCUCACCAGCCCCACCCCCCAGUCAUGCUGCCUAUCAAACAAGACCGUAGAGUGUCCAUGGGGGUGAAUGGAGAUCUCUACUUCUCUAAUGUCUACGUCAAUGACUCUGCCACCGACUACUGCUGCAACGCACGCUUCCCCUACAAAAACAUCAUCCAACAGAAGAUGCCUAUAACCGUAAGAGUCCUUACAAGUGAGUAUUGGUAUGUGGCACAAGGGAUGUUGUAUAAUUUACUUAACUUACUAUGUACUAAUUGACCUUCCUUAAUAAACUGUUACUUUGGUUUGCCCCACAUUGUUUUAUUUCAGACUAUCCCUAAUCUGACUCACCAUAGCUCUUCUCUGAUCUUACUGACCUAGUGCAGUGGUGAGUGUGUGCUCUGCUUCUUUUGUUGUGUUUAAUUUUUACUAAGUAUACUGUCAAGAAUGAACAACCUCCUUGUCUUAACAACCUGACCCUUCUAUAACAUUGGUCUGCCUUGACACACAGUCUUCAGGCCCAGGAUGAGUUAGGCGCCACUGUUUUCUGUCAAACCACAGUUGUAGUCCAUGCUGUCAGGAUAUUUAAGUGACAAAAGUUCUAAACAUAGACUUAGAUAGACAUCGCGUCAUUGUAUCUGUCCCAUUUUGGUGUCUGUGAGAGCACGGGCAGCGCCAUUGAGGCCAUCUCCAUUUGAAGUGGUCGAUUUUCUUGUUCUACUACUUCUAUGAGUUGGCAAACAAACUGAAAGGGUGCACAUUGCCACCUAGAGUCUGUUAUUUGAACAGGUAUAAAGCCAAGGUUGGCGAUUUACUGCCACCUGCAGUUAUGGAAUGUUUCCUCACAGGUAUAAUUCAUUGGCUGAUCCCUCCAGGUGACCUGGAUGGAAUUAUGUGAUCCUUCCUUAAAGAUGCAAUAUGCAGAAAUCGCUCCGCCAUUUCCUGGUUGCUAAAAUUCUAGCACAAGCACUCAGGGUGUAGAGCAGGGUUCUUCAAUUCCGGUCCUGGAGGGCCAAAACACUUCUGUUUUUUACUUCUACCUGGUAGUUAAUUGCACUCACCUGGUGUCCCAGGUCUGAAUUAGCCCCUGAUUAGAAGGAGAGGAUGAAAAACAGAGGUGUUUCGGCCCUCCAGGACCGGAAUUGAAGAACCCUGGUGUAGAGAAUCAUUGUACCAUCUAAACCACUGUGAAAUAUAUUUUCAAUAACCAAAAGUAUUGUAUUUUUAACUGUUUGAAGCUGGCGUACAAAACCGAAAGUAAACUUAACAGGAAGCAUAGAAAUAAGGCUCAUAGAACAGAUCUACCGCUUCUUAGACUUGCUUUCAAUGAGAAUGACAGAUCUAUAACUCACAUUUCUAUGUGAAUUUGGUCAGGUCACCCAAAACGUUACAUAUUGCAACUUAAACCCAUAGGAAGUCCCACCCAGUUGACUACUUUAAAAUGGUGAAAGUCCUCAAUGGCGCUUCCCAUGCUAAAACAAGCUUUUGUGUACUAGAAUCCUCUAUCUAUCUCUAUGGUUCUAACUCUGUGUGGUGUGUUUCCUCCACAGCCCGCAUGGUGUCUGAGGCCGCCCCCACCUUUCUGUCUCCAGCCGGGAGGUCCAGCUCCCAGACUGUCCUGCAGGGGGAGGAGCUGCUCCUCGAGUGCAUCGCUGCUGGAGUGUAAGUGAUCCUCGGUCGUCACUAGUUACCACAUGCUAAACCCUGCCUAUUUAUAAAAAAGGUAUUCUUAAAAUCAGAUUUUUUUCACCUAACCCUAACCUUAAAUUAAGACCAAAAAGCUAAUUUAGUUUUUCAUGAAUUUUUACGUUAUAGCCAUGAUCCUCUCAACCACAAACUUUUUUGGACAUGCUUUCCCAAGGCAAUUCAGUUCAGAAUCACUUCUUAUUUACAACCAUGACUUGACCAAGAUGAACAGAAACAUGGGACAACACAAUAGUUAAAAUAUAGGAGUACUAGCAGUGCUCGAAUUGAGAGGGUAAGCGGGGGUACUGCCGUACCCCAUGUUAGAAAAAAGGAAUAAACGCGUACCCUUUGUUAGCUGAAUAAUUUGAAGGGGAAAAAAUGGAUCCCGAUUUUAUUAGGCCUAUGCAAUCUGUAACAACGCUUUUCUCCGCGAUGCUUUAGCCUUGGAAAGUAGAUCAUGCUGCAGACAGCAUAGCAAAGAAAAUGCAUGUUUAGAACUGAUAAUUGACUGCAUGGCGCUAGAAAGAAUGCAGUUAAUUGAUUCUAGAAUGUUAUCGAUGGACACAGCUUUAUAUAACCAAAACAUACACAGCCUGCCUCUGAAAAAAAAAAAAAUAGAACUCGAGAACGAAUCAUUUGGGGGGCUGCUGCAGUUCGCAAACGAUAUUGUGCGAAUCUUAUGGAACGCCGUUUGGGUCUUUGCGUGUCAAAAAAGAUACACGGCAAAUAGCACUUUUUGACUUGUUAAAUAAGCUUUUAAUUUGACACGUCAAAUAACUCAAUUCUAUUAUAGAAUGUUGUGUGUGCUGAGUUUGCACGUGCAAGCCAAGCGCCACCACUACUAUCAGUAGCCGUCAAAGCUGUACAAAAAAAGUCUGCAAACAAGCACACACCGGCCACGAACGAUGUGUUUAAAAUAGCCCGUUGGUAAUAAGUCAUUAUUUGUUCGACCGCAACUUCUGGGGUAGCUAGCUAGCUUUAAGCACACACCGGCCACGAACGAUGUGUUUAAAAUAGCACGUUGGUAAUAAGGCAUUAUUUGUUCGACCGCAACUUCUGGGGUAGCUAGCUAGCUUUAGCUUGGUACCUAGCUAGCACCAAUACAACCAGCCUGAAAACAAUGACCAGUAGAAACUGCAGUCAUUUUCAUUAUUCUUAGCAAUGAUUUAGGAAUUAUUGUGAGUAAGUAUUAGCUAGGUAGCCACUUGUUGUUCGCCUAUUGAAAUUUAACUUUAGUUCAUGAAAAUAAAUAGCUAGCCAACUACGUAACCCUGUUGCCCAAAGCUAACGUCAUAAGCAGCCACCUAGCUUCACCUCUUUGAAAGUGAUGCAGAAGGUUACAAUUGGUGGAAUCAUGCCAUAUUUAGACUAGAUAAUGUUGAACAAGGUUGGAAUGUGAAGCAAUGAAAUAGGGUAUCAGUCUACUUGAUGACACCCGCAGAACACAACUGUGCAGAGUUUACUCAAAUUUUUGCGUUGUAGCUCUUAUCGCGGGACUGUGACUGUGUUAAAUCACCUUCCCAGUCAGCCUAUUGUGUGUAUUGACAUUCAUAUUGCACCGUACAGCUUUACCUAAGGAUUGGGGAUGAAUUAAAUGGGGUAUCAGUCUACUCAAUACCCAAUAGCUUUUUCCCAACGUCCUCCUCAGAGUUAUCAGACACCAAAACAUCCAAACACCAAAACAUCCAAGCAGUAUUGUUUUUCCUCUGAAAUAGUGUUCAAUACACAUAGUAGGUUGACAAUAAAUGUUGCUUAAUUCACAGUUGUUUCAGAAUCCCGCAAUAAGAGCUACAACGCUAAUGUUCUCUGGGUGUCACUGAGUAGACUGAUACCCCAUGUCAUUGAUCCACAAUCCAUAGGUAAGGCUCUACAGUGAAAUAAAUAUGCCCCCAAUGCAAUUCAGAAGUGUAAUACAUCCAGUGUGAUUUCAACAGAUCUUUGUCAAAUUAACAAAUUAUUGUCUUUUGUUGAUUUUAUAUAACAACAUUCCAACCUCGUUUAGCAUGAUCUAUUCAAUUAUGGCAUAAUUAUACUAUUUGUAUUCAUUUGCAUCACUGUCAAUUACAUAAUAUUUUGAAGGCUAACCGCAAAGUCCACUGUUGUGGCUAAUCCUUAUUGUGGCUAGCUUCACAUAGAUGGGUCCGACCACAAUGAAUCAAAUAAGAACUGUUUUAUAAAUUAGGGUUAUUUUAGAUGAUGACUCCUAGCGAGAUAGUUAGCUAGCUAACUAUAGCUACUGAAACAGAUUGUCGUUUUGAUUUUGGGGAAAAACAUUGUUUGCAUCCAUCAGCUAGCUAGCUUUUUUUAUGACCAGCACUGUAGGUGCGCGAGACAACUUUACCAGCAUCAUAGCAUACGUAUCGAGUGAUGGUGUAAUCAAUGUGUAAUAACUACGUAAAAAUUUAAUGAACGCGUUAAAUUAUUAUGUGACGUGCAGUCAUAUUCAGGUCCUGAUUGUUCAACAAGUUUAUUUGACACGUCAAAUAGUGUUAUUUGACGUGUAUCGUUUUUGACAUGCAAAGACCCAAACGGCAUUCCAUAGAAUCUCGCCCGUAGCAGUCAAACAAUUUAAUUCCAACAACAGUAGUUCACAAUCUAUUCCAGUUAUGGCCUCAACCAGACAUCGUUUCAAAAUUCUAAUGUAUCAAGAAUAAUCUUAAAUGUACGCCUAGCAAUCACAAAUGUACAUUGUUUGAAGCACACUUUUAUAAGUCUCAGUAACAAAUGACAGCUCCAAUAAGCCCCCUGUGGUGAACGAGAGGCUUGUAUCAUGAUUCUUUCAAGUUUUUCGUUUUUUAGGCCCUGAAUUAAACAAACCAACUGUUGAUGGUAUAUUUAACGUACAAAAGUAUGUGGACACCCCUUCACAUUUGUGGAUUCGGCUAUUUCAGCCACACCCAUUGCUGACAGGUGUAUAAAAUCUAGCACACGCCUUGCCAUAGAAUGGCCUUACUGAGAGCUCAGUGACAUUCAACGUGGCACCGUCAUAGGAUGCCACCUUUCCAACAAGUCCGUUUGUCAAAUUUCUGUCCUGCUAAAGCUGCCCCAGUCAACUGUAACUGCUGUUAUUGUGAUUUGUCGGGAGCUUAAUGAAAUGGGUUUCCAUGGCCGAGCAGCAGCACACAAGCCUAAGAUCACCAAGCGCAAUGCCAAGCGUCGGUUGGAGAGGUGUAAAGCUUGCAGCCAUUGGACUCUGGAGCAGUGGAAACGCGUUCUCUGGAGUGAUGAAUCACGCUUCACCAUCUGGCAGUCCGACGGAUUAAUCUAGGUUUGGCGGAUGCCAGGAGUACGCUACCUGCCCCAAUGCAUAGUGCCAAUUGUAAAGUUUGGUGGAAGAGGGAUAAAGGUAAGGGGCCGUUUUUCAUGGUUUGGGCUAGGCCCCUUAGUUCCAGUGAAGGGAAAUCUUAACGCUACAGCAUACAAUGACGUUCUAGACGAUUGUGUGCUUCCAACUUUGUGGCAACAGUUUGGGGAAGGCCCUUUCCUGUUUCAGCAUGACAAUGCCCCCAUGCACAAAGUGUGGUCCAUACAGAAAUGGUUUGUCGAGAUCGGUGUGGAAGAACUUGACUGGUCUGCACAGAGCCCUGACCUCAACCCCAUCGAACACCGUUGGGAUGAAUUGGAACGCCGACUGCGAGCCAGGCCUAAUCGCCCAACAUCAGUGCCUGACCUCACUCAUGCUCUUGUGGCUGAAUGGAAGCAAGUCCCUGCAGCAAUGUUCCAACAUCUAGUGGAAAGCCUUACCAGAAGAGUGGAGGCUGUUAUAGCAGCAAAGGGGGGACCAACUCCAUAUUAAUGCCCAUGAUGUUGGAAUGAGAGGUACGACUAGCAGGUGUCCACAUACUUUUGGUCAUGUAGUGUAUCUCAAUUAACAAUAAUUAAAAUAGGACCAAAUGCAGGCUCCGGUCACAUUUCACAUACAUCUGUUUAAUUUAUUUGGUCUUUCACAAUAGCUAAUCAAGUCAGUGGAACAAUUUUGAUUCCUUAUUAUGGGCAAAACAUAUAGGGUAAUUAAUGUGCUUAUUCUCCAUACUUCUUCUACUAUUCCACUUCCCAGCUACUUGUUUUAAGCUAUGUCCUGGACAGUGUUGUAAGUCAUUGAAUAGAGAAAACGCUAAAUUGAAAUGCCUCGCGUAUCAUGUUUUGUACUUUUACUACUUCAAACCAAGUCGUUAAGUUUUGAAUGUUCAUUCAACGUUCAAAGCAUCCUGAAUACACCUGACUUGUGAUUUUAUUUGGUUUUAAUUCCAUCCCCCCCAACAUAGCAUGCCCGUGAUUAACUUUCAAGAAAUCGACCACUGACUACUAGCAUGUCAAACCAAUUUGUUUAUGUCAUUUUCCUGGAACUGUUCACUUUUAAAUGCCAUAAGAACCAGUGCCCUGAAAUGGCCUUUGGUUUUCUUACCAUAUAAUAGUCCAACCCCUGUCAUCACAUGGACCAAAGAUGGAGAGGAACUGGACACGACCAACAUGAAGGUGAAGAACUACAAGAAGUUACUGCAGAUCCCAAAGGCCACGUUUGAGGACGCUGGUGAAUACACCUGCACUGCCACAAACAAGAUUGGAUACCUGGAACACACCAUCACUGUCCGGAUCAAAGGUCAGCCAAUCAUCUACAUCACAUCAUCCUGCAUCACACCAACACACAGAUACAGGGACAUGUUCAACAUAUUUACUCUCACAUUGAUCUCGAUUUGAACUUUACAUUUCACUGUUUGAUUUCCCUUGGGAGGAAAUAGCCCAUUCGUUUUAUAUUCAGUAGUUUGAUAUAGCCUGGACAUGGUUACUUGUCCUUGUAUGGGGUUUGAUAUUCCGGAAAUAUUUAAUAUUUAUGUAGAUUUAUGUGAUAUGAUAUGUUUGUCUUUUUCUGUUGACCUGAUCUCCAUGACAGCGGCUCCGUUCUGGUUGGAGAAGCCCAGUAACCUGGUGCUGGCCCCAGAGGAGAAUGCACGCUUAGUGUGCCGCUCUGACGGCAUCCCCCGGCCCAGUAUCCGCUGGUUCAUCAACGGAGAUACAAUCGAGGGUAAGCAAAUAACCUAAGCACACUUAUAGGUGCAACUCAGAUUUUUCAAUAAUGAUAUGAAUAAUAUCAGCCAUUUUAUUACUUAAUUUAAAAGGUUAUAUGGUAAAGUAAGUUGAAACACUAGGAAAUAAUAGUUUACUUCUCCUUCUCCUAUCCUUUCCAGAUGCUACUCCAGUCCCAAACAGGGAGGUGUCAGGGGACACAAUUACCUUCCGUUCUGUGACUGUGGCAAACACUGGUGUUUACCAGUGCAAUGCCUCUAACCAGUACGGCUACCUGUUUGCCAAUGCCUACAUCAACGUACUGCGUAAGAUAUUACAUUUGUUUGCAGAAAAUAACCCUAAACCUCUUUAUGCAUUGGUAUAUAUGUAAAUGCAGAAAUUAGGUCACAAUUGCAGAAUUCUAGUGUGAUACAAUUUAGUUUUCUGUUCCUCAAGAUGCAACACCACGUAUGUGGUGUUUGUAUUUGAAUUCCAGAAUAUUAUGAUAUUGAAUUUGAAUGUAAUAUUAUUGAAUUUGUAAUGCUCAAAUUGAAUAAUUUAAUUCAUAAAUUGAACUUGUAUUUCAUGAUUUGAAACUGAAUUGAAUGAAUAUACCAGGGCAAAAAUCCCAGUGGCUAGAUGUGCCAAGUUUAUAGAGACUUAAAAAAAAUAUAUAUAUUUAACCAGGUAAGCCAGUUGAGAACAAGUUCUCAUUUACAACUGCGACCUGGCCAAGAUAAAGCAAAGCAGUGCGAUAAAAACAACAACACAGAGUUACAUAUGGGGUAAAACAAAACAUCAAGUCAAAAAUACAACAGAAAAUAUAUAUACAGUGUGUGCAAAUGUAGCAAGUUAUGGAGGUAAGGCAAUAAAUAGGCCAUAGUGCAAAAUAAUUACAAUGAGUAUUAACACUGGAAUGAUAGAUGUGCAAGAGAUGAUGUGCAAAUAGGGAUACUGGGGUGCAAAUGAGCAAAAUAAAUAACAAUAUGGGGAUGAGGUAGUUGGGUGGGCUAAUUUCAGAUGAGCUGUGUACAGGUGCAGUGAUCGGUAAGGUGCUCUGACAACUGAUGCUUAAAGUUAGUGAGGGAGAUAAGUGUCUCCAGCUUCAGAGAUCUUUGCAGUUCGUUCCAGUCAUUGGCAGCAGAGAACUGGAAGGAAUGGCGGCCAAAAGAGGUGUUGGCUUUGGGGAUGACCAGUGAGAUAUACCUGCUGGAGCGCAUACUACGGGUGGGUGUUGCUAUGGUGACUAAUGAGCUAAGAUAAGGCGGGGAUUUGCCUAGCAGUGAUUUAUAGAUGGCCUGGAGCCAGUCGGUUUGGCGACGAAUAUGUAGUGAGGACCAGCCAACAAGAGCGUACAGGUCACAGUGGUGGGUAGUAUAUGUGGCUUUGGUGACAAAACGGUUGGCACUGUGAUAGACUACAUCCAAUUUGCUGAGUAGAGUGUUGGGGGCUUUUUUGUAAAUGACAUCGCCGAAGUCAAGGAUCGGUAGGAUAGUCCGUUUUACGAGGGCAUGUUUGGCAGCAUGAGAGAAGGAGGCUUUGUUGCGAAAUAGGAAGCCGAUUCUACAUUUAACUUUGGAUUGGAGAUGCUUAAUAUGAGUCUGGAAGGAGAGUUUACAGUCUAACCAGACACCUAGGUAUUUGUAGUUGUCCACAUACUCUAGGUCAGACCCGUCGAGAGUAGUAAUUCUAGUCGGGUGGGCAGCUGUAAUUGUUGCAAAAGGUGGCUCUACAAAGUAUUGACUUUGGGGGGGAUGAAUAGUUAUGCACGCUCAAGUUUUCAGUUUCUUUGUCUUAUUUCUUGUUUGUUUCACAAAAAAAUAUAUAUAUUGCAUCUUCAAACUGGUAGGCAUGUUGUGUAAAUCAAAUAAUACAAACCCCCAAAAAAUCUAUUUUAAUUCCAGGUUGUAAGGCAACAAAAUAGGAAAAAUGCCAAGGGGGGUGAAUACUUUCGCAAGCCACUGUAUUCAAGUUUGAUUCAAUCUAUUCUCUUCUAACUUUCCUGGCUGGCAAAGUACCAGGAUGUUGUCUCAGGUUUUGAAUCUGAAUUUAGAGAACUGCAUUUGAAAACUGAAUCUGAAUGCAUCUAAGAAGUUGAAUAUAUGAAACUUGAAUAAACUUGAAAUGACAGUUUGUAAACUGGAUACGCAGACAAUGAAUGCAAUAUCUACCAUAUUGAAACUGAAUUUAUAAAUAUUGAAUUUGAAUGUAAAUUUAUAUUGAAUUUAAAACAGAAUGUAAUAUUCAUUCAAUUCAGUUUCAAAUCAUGAAAUAAAAGAUCAAUUUAUACAUUUUAUGAUUUAAUUUGUGCAUUACAAAUUCAAAAAUAUUAUAUUUAAAUUCAAUAUCCUAAUACAAAUUCAAAAUUAUACCAUUUCUGUUGGCACUAAAAUCGCUCCAUAGCCAGGAAUGAAGAUAAAAAGCAUAUGGUAGUUGUCUAUUGUCUCAUCUUCCUUUCUGUAGAUGCAACGCCACGUAUCCUCAGGCCCAGGACUGACCUGGUGAAGGUAAUUGAGGGCAGCCGCGCCUGGCUAGACUGCCGCUAUUUUGGCUCGCCUGUGCCUGAUCUGCGCUGGUGAGAACAUGUUUAUGAUGCUCUUCUCUCAGGUGUGUGUGUGUAUGCAUGUGUGUAACUGACUAACUGUUUUUGCACAGGUCUAAGUUUGGACUGGGCAACCUGGAGGGGAAUCGCUUUAAAGUACACAGCAACGGGACACUACAGAUCAGAGGCACCCGCAUGGAUGACCAGGGGACAUAUCUGUGUAUUGUCAGCAACGUAGCAGGACGAGAUGAAAACCAGGUCAAACUAGAGGUCAAAGGUGAAUGCCCAAUAAUAGAUUUACUGUAACACUUUGCUUCUGCAUGUGGUUCAAUCUAGAGUUACACUGUUCAUGGAUCACAUUGCAGGUGUUCUCAUCAUCCGUAUCCUCUCUUUUUCAGAGUCAACCAAAAUUCUCAAACGUCCAGAUAAUAUGAGAGUCCUCCGGGGGACUGAUGUCCGGUUGGAGUGUAAGGCCCAACAUGACCCAACGGUUGCCAUCACCACCACCUGGCUGAAGAACAAGCAGUUCCUCAUCAUCGGCUGGAGGUGAGCCUGAAUAUGACUAGUUGUCCUAACCAUUGUAACCAUGGGGUUUCUGUUGCCACCCUAACUUCCAAGUUAUAGUCUAUAUCUGAGUAUAACUAAAGGCUAAACGGUGAAUAGUUCAACUGAAUUUGUCAAGAUGACUUCGUAAUAAUAACAGUAUUGUGUCCUUUUAAUUAUCUCCAGGCUGUCGCUGGAUGAAUCAACUCUGGUCAUCACAAACGUCAACAGAGGAGACGAGGGCAAUUACACCUGCAUCAUCAAGACUGAGAUGGACAAAAACACUGCCUCCGCCCGCCUGGUGGUGAUGGGUAGGACUAUAACUUGACACUUAGUUAACAUACAUAGCUACAUACACUGUGUUUCAGCAAUUGCAUUACAUGUUAUGUAAUGUUAAUUGCAUUGUAUUAUGUAAGAGUAGCAGAUAGAGAGUUCAUAAGCAUGCUAUAUGUUUUUGGAAUUUCCAUCAAAAGUUUCCUUCCCUUCAUCCCAGAUCGUCCAGACCCCCCUACAAACUUGCAGUUGUCGGACCCCUUCGAGCGCAGCGUCAGGCUUACCUGGACCCCUGGAGAUAGCAAUCACAGUCCUAUCAAAGGUAACAGCUCUACCUUACAGUCUACACCUCAGGAGCAGGACAUCCAGAGGAAACAUAGGCCACAUAUACACCAUAGUUUCUUUGAAAUGGUCAGAGUUAGCUAACAUCAACUGAAGUAAUCAGUGUGUUCUUCUGGACUUUUCCUCCAGAAUACCUGGUGCAGUAUGAUGAUGACGACUGGUUACCUUUCAAGUGGAGAAACCUUUCUACGUACCCUGGAAACCUCAACUCUGUCAUUCUGCAACUGUCACCAUUCAUUAUCUAUGAGUUUAGGGUCAUUGCUAUCAAUGACAUUGGUAUGAGUAAACCCAGUCGCUCGUCAGCCAACUUCCAGACUGGUGGAGCACGUGAGUAUUUCAUGCUUGAUGGGUUUGAUAAUGUGAUAUGAAUAAUGGAUUUCUCGUUGGCUUCAUUAAUUGUAUUGAACAGGAAUACAGCUGACAACACUGAUCUUUCAUAUUCAAACAAUUGGACAAUGAGCUUUCUAACUUGCUAUGAUUCUCAGCUCCAGACGCCAUCCCUAAAAACAUCCAAGGAGUGGGAACAUGGAGAAACAACAUGAUGAUCAGCUGGGAGGUGAUACAGUCAAAGCUUUUUCAAAAGCUAGUGCUCCAUUCAUUCAUUUGUAACUCAAUAUUUAUUCAAUGAUGAAUAACAACUUUUAUUCUGUACAAUUAAACUUCCGUGUCUGGUAUGCGGAAAAGGCACUAAACAACAGAGAGUGGAACGGGCCCCACUUAAAGUAUUUGGUGUGGUGGAAACGGAGGGAUUCCAGGGAGGAGUGGAAAAAUGCUACCACUUGGUGGUGUAAAUACUACAUCUAUGACACAGACACCUUCACACCCUAUGAGAUAAAGGUCCAGGCUGUCAAUGACUUUGGGCUGGGCCCAGAGUCCCCUGUCAUCAUAGGCUACUCUGGAGAAGACCGUGAGUAUGACCACCCAUCCCUUCCUGCAGAUACAGAUACUAUUUUUUUAUACACAUUUACAGGUAGCUAUAGACCUAGAUCGACCCAUGCCCAUGCCAUGAAUUAAUGGCUGUUUAUUGUUUACACAUAAAAACGGAUCUUUGUGAUGUCUAUCCCUAGUUGACACUUGGCAGUUAGCCAUACCAUAGUGAAUUACAACUUCCUGUGGGUGUCUCCCAGGUCCCACUGCUGCCCCCCUCAACCUGCGUGUGUCCAGGAUAGAGGCCACUAAGGUCACCGUGCACUGGGACCCCGUGGCUCGCAGCAGCAUCAUGGGAGAACUGAAGGAAUACAAGGUCAGACUACUGGGAAUAGGUGGCUUGUUUAGUUUCUGGUUUUCAAUUCCAAGUGUGACAAUCUGUUAUGACAAGGAGAGAUCCAGGCUAUAUUGUUAUUCAUUAGGAGAGAAGUGGAGGAAGAGCCCUUCACACACUGGCUGCAUGAAUGAAUGGAAUAAUUAAUGAAUGACUGAACGAGGGAAUAAACGACGGAACAAAAGAGGGAACAAACAAAACAAUUAAUGCAUGUGCUGUGUCCCCCCUAUCCCAGGUAUACUUCUGGCGAGAUAGUAGCCAGCUGAGGUGGCUGAGUGUGAGCAGGGCCAUGAAGUCUAAAGCCUUUCCAGCCAGUGGGCCGCGUCUCUCUGGUGUGCUGCCGGGACUCAUCCCUUACAGCAACUACAAGAUGUACAUAGUGGUGGCCAACAACCGAUACGAGGGACAUCCCAGUAACACCAUAGAGUUUUCCACUCCAGAGGGAAGUAAGGAAAAGCAUUGUGAUGCUGUAUUAGAUGUGGCAGACACUUUUUCUGUCAGGGUUCUUUUCCUAAUCAUGUAUUUCCCAGUGUUUAUUCUCAGACUUGACCUCUGACCUUUGAUCUAUGUCUGUAGCACCCUCUGCUCCAAGAUCCUUCCGAAUCCAGCAGAGACAUUUGGACACGAUCUGGGUGGACUGGGACACUCCUGCAGAGCCCAAUGGCAUCGUCACCGGAUACAUACUCAAAUAUCAGACAGGUAGGAAGACUUACUCAUUAGCCAGGUGAGCAAAUAAGGUACAGUAUCUACAGUAAGUACAGUACAGUAGGUGCAUGUCUCUUAACCAUAAGUUCUCAUGGCUCACUGCUGUGCACUCUCUCUACAGUGAACGCAACUCAGGGGGAGGAAUUGCGUGUUGAGGAAUUUCCCCCAAACACCACCAGUUUUGCUGUGCGCCGAUAUGAUCGCUACACCCGCUAUAGGUUUACCAUAGCAGCACAGACUAGAAUCGGGUUAGGAGAGUGGUACACAGAGGAAUCACCCCAUUAUACAACUGAAGGUAUAAGACUGCAGGUCAACCACAACACACAAUUACAAGCCAUUAAACAGCCACACAUCUGCAGAUUUGAUCAUGACAAUUAAUCAUGUGUGGUUGUUUACAUACAGCUAAUGCUCGGGAGCAGGUGGACCUCUCCACUCAGGGCUGGGUCAUUGGUGUGAUGUGUGCUGUGGCCCUCUUCGUGCUCAUCCUGCUGGUCGUCUGCUUUAUCAAGAGGAGCCGAGGGGGCAAAUACCCAGGUACUGUAGCAAUACUCUAGUCCAAAAGAUUAACAUUAUAACAUUCUUAGAUGGAGAGACAGACCCAACAGAUCUAAAACUCAGUGGUGUGUCCAGAGGAUGCCCUGAAAUCUGAUUGGCCACCCCAGUGGCCCCCUCAGAAAUUCUGAGAUCUGAUAGGUUGUUUCUGAAUAUAUUUAUAAUUAUAACAAGACGCGCACCGACAGCAAGAUUAAGCAAUCUCACCGGAGAAAGCAUCCGAGCAAAACAGCGCCACUCUGUCUUAGUAUGUGUAGCCCAUGUAUCUGAUGCUGUCUGUACAAAAAGAGUACAACUGAAUGCAUUCCACCGAAAUGUGUCUUCUGCAUUUAACCCAACCCCUCUGAAUCAGAGAGGUCCCUUAAUCAACAUCACCCGCGCCCCUGUAGAGCAGUUGUUGUUGGUGGUUAACUGCCCGCAUUGCGCAAGGGCAGAACGGCUCGGGGAUUCAAACCAGCGACCUUUCAUUUUCCGGCACAACGCUCUUAACCGCUAGGCUGGGCUACAGAUACUAAGACAGAGGGGUGCUUUUUGCCUCACUCGGAUGCUUUCUCUGGUGAAAUACAGUAGAUUCAGCCUCUUGCGAGUUGAAGGAAAAGUAUGAAACACGGAUCGACAUGAAUGAGAAAUCAUUAUACGUUUGUUUCUUUUUUUAUUGUUACAUUUUUUGAGGAAGCCUGGCCUACUUUUUGAAGUGAUUUGUUUGACAAUCAGAUGAAAACAUCAUGACUGGUUGUGUUCGUGACACAUUAAAAGGUAUUCACUUUUUACAGUUAAAUUACAUGUCUUUACUAUAAAGCAGGGGUCCCCAAUUACAUUCAGCCAAGGUUAUAAAUAAUUUGUACACUGCAAAUUGACCACAAGAAUCCCAAACAGAUAUAGUAUUUGACAAAAACUAAAUAAUUUCAAACCUUGAUUACAUUGGGAUACAAUCACAUAUGCUUCUCUAUUUAUGCGUGGGAAUACUUGGGAACAGAUUUCCUAAAUUAAAAUCACCUUGAGCUGAUUUCCUUGUGAUUUUACAGUCUUUUAUGUCCAACAAUUAAAACUAUAUAUAACAAAAAUAUAUGCAGUAUAUACUUUUUUUUUUUUUUUGCUCUGAAAACUUGGGGGGCCAAAUAAAAUAACCCUGCGGGCCGCCUAUAGGAGGUCCCAUUCAAAAAAUAGAGACCCCCUGAAUGUCACGGUAUAAUUCAUACUCUGGAUGGCACUUUCAAGUUAAUUUACUGCUGUAUGCUAAUACCCUUAUAUACAAGCCUGACCUUGAAUGCAAACACUGUAACAACACUUUUGGAAUUGAUUUAUGAAGCUGAAGCAUUUAAUGCAUUGAACCAUCAUAAUUAUAUUUUAAAAAUUCACCAUGCAUCAAUUAAGGUUCAAAAUGUUAUGGCCCCUCUUAACUGGGUCUUUGCCCCACCUUGGCCACCCCGUUCAAAAUGUUCUGAACACGCCACUGCUAGUGCUAUAGUUAAAUCACUAGCAUAAAGCUUCUGAUCCCACAAUUGCACUUCAUGAUCUAAUGGAUAGGAUACAUUUACCCUAAGAAUGCAGUGCUUAUAUUAUAUUUGGUCAAAGUAACAAGACAGAGAUUUUUAUUUUCAGUACGGGACAAGAAAGAAGUGACAUUGGAGCCAGUGGAUGACAAAGAUCAGGAGGGAUCAUUUGACUAUCGGUAAGCGAUAUAACAGAACUGUGAAAAUCAAUUGAGAAAACCUUGACUUGAGAUAAGUAUCAGUGGUACCAAUGCAAGAUUUGUGUAUGUCAAAGUCAACCACGUACAUCAUGUAUAAUAAUUUUGUGAAGUAGUCCUUAUCAUGUCAGUUUCCCUUUAAGACAGCUAUGGUAUCUAAAUCCUUCCAAAUGAACAGUGAUCUACAGUCAUAUAAACAUGUAUUCAUACUGUAUUAUGUCAUGGUAAUAAUAUUCAACAUUGAAAAAAUUCAUUUAAUUCCCUAACAAUAUUGUACCAUUCGGUGUUAUCAUUAUUUCAGAAUAAUGUAUUUUUCCUGGUAACUCCCCAAUCCUCAGAAUUGAUCUCUCUAUUCUGACUACUAAUGUUUUCAAAAUGUCAUCCUUGUUCUUUUCGCCUUUGGACUGCUGAAGGUCUCUGGAAAGGUAUGAUAAGACAAACACUGACAAGUUUACACCAUGUACACUAUAUUAUUUACACCAUUUUUACUAUAUUAUUUUGUAUUAUUUUACUUAUAUAUUGACUGUAUUUUAUAUUUAUAACCAAUAAUCGGAAAUCUGAACAAAAGAAACAACAUAAAAAAGGUCUGUCUGCAAUUCAAAGUAUUAUCGUUGUUGAAACAAAUGAAUGGUUUAAGUGAUUUGAUUGAAUGAUCAACCAUUUGAGGACAUUUUAUAGCAAUGUUCUUCAACACUGUAGCUCUCAAUACAAUUACUAAACAAUCUAUUUUAAUGUUUCAGGAUAAGUCGUGUCACCACCAUUCCGUACUCUGCCCGACGGUAAGUAUUAUAACCAGUUAGUCUAGAACUGUAUGGAGAAAGCUGUUAAGCCAUAACCACAGCUGCUGAAGCAUAUCCUCUGAUAUUGUCCUUUUUCUUCAAGGGAGGAAGAGACUAAAGUUGGCAGGGGCCAGACGACAGUAGACACCAUGAUGAAACGGACGGAUAGUGACGACAGUCUGGUGGACUAUGGUGAUGGACGGGAGAUUGAGUUCAACGAGGACGGCUCCUUCAUUGGCCAAUACACUGGACACAAGGAGAGGGAUGACAGAGACACAGAGUUCAGUGAUAGCAGGAGCCAGGAAGCACACUCCCCGAUGGCCCACUCCCCCAUGAGCCCCAUCUACUCAUUUGCAUAA